AGUAAAACAAGAGAGAGAAAUAUGUAUUAUUGAUAGAGCUUUGACAGAAAGAGAACAGUGUUUUGGUUCUCCGAAGAACGGUUUGCCGCUCCAAAUCCCAAUUUUCUCAGAGAGAGAGAGAGAGAAUCUCAAUCUGUCUAUGUUCAAGCCCUCUGUUCUGUUCUUCUCUUGACUUGGAAAGGUCCAAUCUGGAACAUUUUCCCGUGCAUUUAUCGCUGAUUCCCAAGCUAUGAUCUUCUGACAAAGACCUCGAUAAUCAAAAGGCGAUCGUUUGAUGCAUUGAUUUGAUUUGUCUGUGUGUUUUUAGCCGUUGAUUUGUCCGCUGAGAUGAACGGUGGUGAUGAUGGAGAGGUUGCGGCGGCUCCACCGCCUGCGCUCGAGUGGAAAUUCUCUCAGGUCUUCGGUGAAAGGACGGCCGGUGAAGAAGUUCAAGAAGUUGAUAUCAUUUCAGCAAUAGAGUUCGAUAAAACCGGUGACCACCUUGCUACUGGUGAUCGUGGGGGCAGAGUGGUAUUAUUUGAGAGAACUGAUACAAAGGAUCAUGGCGGAAGCCGCAGGGAUCUAGAGAGGAUGGAUUAUGCAAUUAGUAGACAUCCUGAGUUCCGUUAUAAAACCGAGUUUCAGAGCCAUGAACCUGAGUUUGAUUAUCUUAAGAGCUUGGAGAUUGAGGAGAAAAUCAACAAAAUCAGAUGGUGCCAAACAGCUAAUGGUGCCCUUUUUCUUCUAUCUACUAAUGACAAAACUAUUAAAUUUUGGAAGGUGCAAGAGAAGAAGGUCAAGAAAAUAUCUGACAUGAACAUUGACCCUUCCAAAGCUGUUGGAAAUGGUGGUAUUGCCAGUUCAAGUGUCUCUUCUAGCCCUAGAUCGUAUCUUGCAAAUGGAGGAUACACAGAUAGAUCUUGCAAUAAUUUGAGCAAUGACUUCUCAUUCCCGCCAGGGGGCAUUCCAUCGUUACGUUUACCUGUGGUAGUAACCAGUCAUGAGACCAGCCUUGUGGCUAGAUGUAGAAGGGUUUACGCUCAUGCACAUGACUAUCAUAUUAAUUCUAUUUCAAAUAACAGUGAUGGUGAAACAUUUAUAUCGGCUGAUGAUCUGCGAAUAAAUCUUUGGAACUUGGAAAUUAGCAAUCAAAGUUUCAAUAUUGUUGAUGUGAAGCCUGCAAACAUGGAGGAUCUAACUGAGGUGAUAACAUCAGCAGAAUUUCAUCCUACCCAUUGUAACAUGUUGGCAUAUAGUAGUUCAAAAGGGUCAAUUCGUCUCAUUGAUCUGCGACAAUCAGCUUUGUGUGAUACGCAUUCUAAAUUGUUCGAGGAACAGGAGGCACCUGGUUCAAGAUCUUUUUUCACGGAAAUAAUAGCAUCAAUUUCAGAUAUUAAAUUUGGAAAGGAUGGAAGAUAUAUACUUAGUCGUGAUUACAUGACUCUUAAGUUAUGGGAUAUUAAUAUGGAUUCAGGUCCAGUUUCAACCUUCCAGGUUCAUGAGUAUCUAAGACCUAAGCUAUGUGAUCUAUAUGAAAAUGAUUCCAUCUUUGAUAAAUUUGAGUGCUGCUUGAGUGGUGAUGGGCUGCGAGUGGCAACAGGUUCAUACAGCAAUCUAUUCCGAGUGUUUGGUCGUGCUGCGGGCAGUAAUGAAGCAACUACCCUGGAAGCCAGCAAGAACCCCAUGAGGAGACAAGUUCAGACCCCUUCAAGGCCUUCCAGAUCCCUCGGUAGUAUAACACGUGUUGUCAGACGAGGAUCUGAAAGCCCCGGAGUAGAUGCAAAUGGAAAUUCAUAUGAUUUCACAACAAAGUUGCUCCACCUAGCAUGGCAUCCAACUGAAAACUCAAUUGCUUGUGCUGCUGCAAACAGUCUGUACAUGUACUAUGCAUGAAGAUGGAUCCAGGAAGAAAUUUAUUGUUGCUUGUUCAAACUCUUCUUGGGUUGCUGUUGGAGAAAGCUCUUUCCCCCUUUUGCGCCAACCAGCAACGCGAGGGUCUUCAAAAUUUCUCACUUUUUGCAGCGCCUCAUAAAUCUGUAGCAAGUGCAUCCUAAUAUGAUGGUCCAGAAGCUUCUUUUGCAGAAUCAAUGAGACAGCAACUUGUCUUUAUUCCUGGGCAAGCCAGUUGCUUUUUUCCAACCCCAUCUCUUCCUCCCAUUUUCUCUUUCACCCUUUAUUUCUUUUUUAUUUUUAUUUUUUAUUUUUUAUCCUUUUCUUUCUCAAAGGAAAGAUGCAAUUCUGUUCUUAUUGUGUUGGGUUGAAGUCGGGAAAAUGUGAUUUGUAGCUUUGCAUCUCCAUCAUCUCCUACAAGAGACUUACGGAUGUCUUGCAUCCAAUACUGCCACUAGUUCUAAGAUGAAUGUAGUUUUUACCUGGGAAGAAGCUGCCGCCUGCUAACAUAUGCAGUGAAUCAAUCUUAUUAAUUUUUCCAUGGGGUUACGGUUUAAAUUCUUUUUUUAGGAUGAUUUUACUCUUGUUUUUAUUAUAGUUCGUCAAUUUAAGUAUUAUUAUUAUUUCUA